UCAGCCAAGAAGCAUCUCGAUGUGUGAACACAUGUCAGAGUCUUAUGUUCGGUAUUUCUGCAGCAGUGCAGUGCUUCUUCAUGAUGCUGUCAUGUCACACCUUUACCUCUCUCGACCUAGAUAUUGCGAAUUCUGAAAGUAUUUUUGAUUAACCCUGCAUCUCGCUUUGACAAAUACAUCGUAACAUCAGUAUCAAGACGUUGUUGUGUUACACGAACACACGUAGGAGGUGAAAUUUGCUGCUUCCUCUUCGCAGGUUUGACACCUUUCAACAGUCGGCCGGCCUUUGACAACUUUGAUCGUUGACACCUUUGCAGCUCUGUGUGGACAAGACGUUUGUGGUACCUAAUUAUAACAAAGACAUCAAGAGGAAGCUCUGCAUGUUCAGUGGUCUGUUCCAUCAUCCUCAGCCUUUUUUAUUAUAAGUUGACUGCGGCUGAUUUCAAGCGGAGGACUUAUCUGUGACUACGACGGCCAUGUUGUCGACAGAAGUUAGAUGUAUGUUCAUGUGUUUCAUCCUCUACAUCUCAGCUGAUGAAGGUCGACGAGCGAACAGCAUCUGUGCCUUGAAAGGCUCGUCGGUGGAGCUGCCCUGCUCCGCUGAGAAACACACCUCAGUCAAGGUCUGGUACACUGAGGAGCUGGUCGACUACCAAGUCGACCAGAAGGAGAUCUCUGCUCAUGGUGAACGUGUGACGUACAACACGUCUGAAGGGAGUAACUUCGCUCUCACCAUCAGAGAUCUGACAGAGAGUGAUGAGGAUGUUUACUUCUGCAGAGAGAGUACAGGAGAGAGAGGAGAAACCUCCCGGCUCGGAGGAGUUCAGCUCCAUGUUGCAGACCUGCAGGUGAAGGUGAUUCCCUCCACAGAGGGACACACAGUAACACUGAUGUGCAGCACCAGCUGUCCUCUGACUGAAAACCCUGCAGCCUACAUCUGGUACAAGAACAGAGAGUUUCUCUAUGAGGACUGGUCUCCCUGGUACCAACAGCUGGUCAGCAGUGAGGAAGCAGUCACAUACUCCUGUGCUAUCAAAGGCUACGAGGACCUCAGAGCCCCUCAAGUCUCAGUGGAUUCUGUCACAUCAGCCUGCUUCAGUGUGACCUAUGCUAAAGGGAGAAUGUGUUCUUAUAAGCAGACAUCAGUGGAUGAGCCCUGCUCCAUCACAUAUCCAACAGAUGUGCACAUUCGACAGACUCCAACAGAGAGCUACGUCACACUGAUCUGUAGCACCAGCUGUCCUCUGAUUGAGCCCCAAACUGCCUACAGGUGGUACAGAGAUGGAAACCUGUACAGGUACAUUGAGGGUCAGCGUUUUUCAGUUAACACUUUCUCCGAGCCAAGAUUCUCCUGUGCUGUAAAAGACCACGAGGAUCUGCUGUCUGAUGGCCUCUGUCUUGACGAUAAGAACUGUUGGAGUGUGGAUUAUGUCAGCAGGAGAAUCUGUGCUCUGCAGGGCUUGUCCGUGAUGAUUUCAAGUAAAUACUCGCAUCCUGACAACCAGCCGCCAAAAUCCAAACUAUGGUAUAAGAUAAGUAGGAGGGAAGAAGACGGAGAGCUGAUUGAGGCCGCGGGUCGCGUGGAGUAUCACAACAUCAAGAAGAACCACCACGUCCUGAGAAUUAGAAACCUGAAGAAGAACGACUCAGCAGAAUACAAAUUCAGCCUCCAACGACCUGGAAGACAAAAAAUGGCUGAUUUGCCGGGAGUGACUUUGGUUGUCACAGGUCUGAAAGUGACGUUCACUCCUUCUGCGGUGGUGACAGAGGGUCAGAGAGUCACUCUGACCUGCAGCACCAGCUGUCCUCUGACCGACAACACAAAAUACAACUGGAGCUUCAACAGUCGUCCUCUGGACCUGCCAGAGGACCAAAACAAACAGCUGGUUCUGGACCUGGUCAGCAGUCAGCAUGCAGGAAACUACUCCUGUGCUGUCAAAACUCACAUCAGCUCACACGAAAGGACUCUCACAGUUCGAGCUCGAGGGAAAUCCAUGGUAUUAAUCAAUGCAGUAAGACUGACAGUUGUGUUUCUGAUCCCGAUUCCUUUGCUUCUCUUCCACCUGUGGAUGAGGGUCACAAUAGUCGUUUGCUUUUGGAUUUGUCCGUCCAAAACAAAUCCAGGAUGAAGAAGACUCCGACCUCCACCGCCAGGUCUGAUGGCAGGAGUAGAAGAUCGACUCGUCAUAGGAGGGCAUCUCGUUACCGGUCGUGAAUCCUGUGAAUGCAGCAUGGAGGAAAAGUAAAGCAGCAGGAAGACUCUGACAAAUGUCCGCCUUGCUAUAAAUCUACAAAAGGAGCUGAACACUUGUUUAGGUCCCUUCUGGCAGAGAAUGGUUGAAGCGCUCAGGACCUGAAGAGUCCUUGAGAUGUGCAGAAAGUGGUGGGAAAAAAAAUUAGAAGGUCAGACAGUCUUUUCGAUCAAACCAUCAAGGCAGGAAAUCUUUUGGCUGACAAAAAAAUGUUUUAAACAACUAAUAAAAUUCAACCAGUUUUCUUUUUUACCUUCAGUUUCUCGUCAAGGUUUCUGAAGUUCUUGGAGUUGACUUCAUUCGCUGCACGCCUCCAAAUGAAUACUAAACCUUGUUUUGUUGGAUCUGUACACGAGCAAUCACGUGCCUAAAUGUUAACCACAGCGAGAUGUUUGUCGUUUCAAGGCAUUUUUUUGUGGUCAGUAAGCAUCAGCGUCAUUGAUUCUCUGUCAGGUGUGUUUUGCU